UGGCAGCCGGAAAAAUCUCUCUUUGGAAUUACACGUGGCUUGCAGCAGGCACUGCUGAGCCACAGACAGGCGAUGUUCUCCCACACAGAGCCGGGGCUGAGCGGGUGUAAACGCCUCCAUGGCUGAGGGCCGCGGCCCUGGCUGCCCUCAGCAGCCGCCGCCAUCUUGGUUCGGGGAAGGGGGACCAGUUCGGCCUGCAGCACCACGAAACAACCGCGGCUUCGCCCUAAGGCCCCUCUCAGGCCGCUGAAGAAGCGAGCUGGAGGCUUUUCACCAGCCGCGGGCAAUGGGUCACCUCCCCCGGGGCAGCGGGCAGGCGCCGGAACCCGCGCACCCGCGGAACGCCAGGCCGGGGCAAGGCGGCUUGGGGGGACGGCGGUAGGUGGCGCGCCGCUAAAGCGCUGGGCCUGCCGGAACGUUUCUUCUCGGGGAGCGAGUUCCGCGGGGAAGGGUUGCGGCGGCGCACCAGGGCGGCUCGGCAAGAUGGCGGCGCCCAGCUCCCGCUGCCUGUGGCGAGCGCUGGCCCCGCGGUGCGGCUGGGCCCUCGCCGGGCUGGAGCAGCGCCUCGCCGUCCCCGCCGUGCCGAGCCCCGCCACAACCCGGCCCUACGCGGCGGCAGCAGCCAAAGCUGCCCAAAAAGACGCCAAGAGGAGCAGGCAGGAGAAGGGGAAGGAGCCGGCCAGGGAGAAGCCCCUCCCUCGGAGGCGGCCGCUGAUGAGCAAGCCCGUGGACGACGUGUACCUGACUUGGCUCUACAAGAGACCCUCCUACGGGCUGGAGCAGGCCGUGGCCAUGCUCAAGAGGUUCCAGGAGCUGGACUUCACCCACCCCAAGCAGUUUGUCUACAUCAACGUGUUCCUGGACAUGGCUCUGCAGAAGAAGAAAAAAGUGGAUCCUUUUUCCAGCGGUGUCUCUCUUCCCCAUCGCUUUACGGACGAGGUGAACAAGGUUUUGGUGUUCACAGAGGUGGGUGAGCAGCAGGCAGAGUGAGGGAUGGAUUUCUGUGCUUUUGGACCUUUUCAUCCAUCAGCUUCAGUGCAGUCAGUGGAACUGUGCUUGUUGCAGAUCCUGGAGGAUGAAAUCCAGGCUGAUUUCUACGUGGCUGUCCCUGCCAUCAUCCCCAAGCUCAUCCCCCUGAGGAACAAACUGAAAAAGAAGUACCCCAGCACCAAGAGAAAUUCCCUGGGCAGUGACAUUGCCAGGAUGGUGCAGUUCUUCAGAGAAUGUCACGAGUACUCGGUGCAGGACGAGAGUGUCAUCAAGACAAGAAUAGCCAGACUGGAUAUGCCCACUGAGCACAUCAUUGCCAACCUGAGAGCAAUCAUCCACGACAUCUGCACCUUCAAGCCCUCCAAUUUUGAUCCCAUUGUGCAGAGGUUGGUGAUCAGAUCCUCCACCAGUGAAGGCUUGCUGCUGAACCUCGAUGGAAUCCUGCCUCAGGUGGAGAAAGCAGAAGAAAAAGAGGAAGAAAAUGCAGCUGAUGAGGACCAGCAAAAACCUGUCCAGGAAUCCCUUGGUACCUGAUGUGUUUUCCUCGUGGACCUGGCGCUGGAGCUGGGGAGGCAAACGGUCUCACUCAAAUCGUGCUCUGUGAGAACAAAAAAUAAAUGGAACUCGUGGA